AUUUCCUUCGCGGUCGCGGGAAAUCAAUAUCGUCUGGGUCGGCCUUGACCGCCCCCGCUGUGCUGCUGCUACUGCCCGGAUGCGCGGAUCGCUCUGCUGUCUGGAGGAUCGUCUCUCUGCCAUCAUCGCACACUGGGCGUCUUUGAUCGCGCUGCCGCUGUUCCGUUCUCGCAUCGUUGUCCUCGCCUGCACCGCAAAGCAGUUCGGCCAGUUGAUACCUACCUGCUCGCUGCCAUGAAUCCGGGCUUCGAGACGUCCUCGUCCAUGUCGAUCUCCUCAGCCGGGCGCAAGAGAAAGCCAGUCAACUACGCUCUGAAAUCCGAGGCCUCGUCUCUUUCCAUCACCGCCAAGCCGCCGCCUGCAGGACCUUCUGGCAGUCCCAUCCGGGUCGAGGCUGGUCCUGCGCUGCCGCUUCCCAGACGCGAGCUGCGAUUAAGCACUCCCGAGAGCCGAAAGCCUUCGGUCUCGCCGCAAACCCCAAACUCCCAGCCCAAUGACUGCACCCCAACUCCGGAUGCUCGUGGGCUGUUGUCAGCGGCUCACGAGACCCGUGUCCUACAAAGCCGGAAAUCACCCGUGACUGCGCUGUCUCAAGGACCGAUGCAGCCUCCAUCUCCAUUUGCAUCGGUACCUGAGGACUAUGAGAGCACAAAGAACUUGCUCCGUAAAGCCGAGGAUGAGAUAUCGAAGCUACGUCGGACUGUCAAGGAACUGGAAGUUCAGAACGCCAAGCUUCUAGAGCAGCUCAGGGACCGGCCCUCUGAUCCGAGUCUGGCCAAUGUCGAUGGCGUGGGGAAGACGGGCCGGUUUCAAUACGACGACCAAGUGGCGCGCCUGCUGAUGAAAGCGGACAGUAGCAUCGGCAACAUUGAUUUCAUUUCAAACGAGAUAUCUGCCAAAAUCCGAGCUAAAUGUGGCCGUCAAAACGGUUCAGCGCACAGCACCCUGCCAGAGUCGAUGAGCAGCGGGCCAAAACAUUCUUCCGAGCCGCUUUCGCACGACGACAAACUGCUGACUGUUGGCGGGUCAGUCCAUGCACAGAAUGGUCUUCCGCACGAUGGUGAUUGUCCAUCAAAGCUAUCAAAAUGGGACUCGGGAAUAGCUCUUCAGGAUCCGGCUGGUCGUGAAAACGAACUCGCUAGUCCGCUUCAGACCCCAGCCCCUGCUUCCGAUGCUGCUCCUGGUGUCGGGAUGCCAUCACCGAGUCCGCAUCACAUAAGCGUGCCGGACUCUUCGCCGCGACUGGCUCCAAGAUUGGCACCCGAGCUCAGGCAGGGGCAAAACCAGGUUGCCAGCAACGAGAUUCACAUUGAUUCCCAGCCGGCGUCUGCUUCAGAUGAGCGGGAGUCAAGAAACAAACACGAGCCGCUGAUGCUCAGCGACUCGCUCAGCCAGGACCUACUGGGCAUCCUGGAUAGCUUUGGUCUCUGACCAACAACAACCAGACGCAUGCAAAGCGGUGAUCGUGCACUUGGCCUGCUCAUCCAGGGCCUAGGUGCAGUUGCUGAGAGGUCGAAGAAUGGUGUAUGGUUCGAUUCAUAUUGGCGUUGAAUACAACUUGAUGGGUACAAUCCA